UCCCAGACAGCGUGCUCUCUGUCUGUACUAAAAAAGAAAUAAAUUGAAAAUCCAAAUCAAAUUGAUUGUCAAGAUGAGUGUGAUUAUUCGGUUACAAAAUCUGCCGUGGACGGCAAAUGCCCGCGACAUUCGCAACUUCUUCUCGGGCCUAGCGAUUCCAGAGGGCGGUGUCCACAUAAUCGGCGGCGAGAUGGGCGACGCGUUCAUCGCUUUCAGCACCGACGAGGACGCCCGCUGUGCCAUGCUUAAGGAUCGCGAAAAGCUAAUGGAGGUCCAGGUUCGUUUGCUCCUCUCCUCGCGGGCCGAGAUGCAGAAGGUUAUCGAAACGGCCCGCAAGGGGCCAAUAUCCGCUCCGGCCGCUGUUGCGCCGCCGAUUACCGUACCCGUUCCCAUUCCCAUGGCGGUGCCCAAGCCAACCAUGGUUGCUGCUCCUCCCCAGCCGCCGAUUAUUGGCGGUCUCAGCAGUUUUCUGGCACAGACCAAAGCCCCCUCCAUGCCAAUGGGCAUUCCCUCCUUUCUCGCCUAUCAACAGCAGGCAGGCAUAACCCUGUCCGAGGUCACGGGUCGCCGCAGCCGCAGUCGCUCCUCCAGCUCGGAUGAUAGUGACCGGGAAAGGGAGAGGGAGCGAGAGCGGGAGCGGGAACGAGAGAGGGAACGGGAGCGCGAGCGAGAACGUGAACGUGGAAGAAAGCGCCGCCCAGAACGGCCAGACAGCAGGGAAAGGGAGUCCAAGUUGGCCACCGGCUCUAGUCCUGUUCCCUCGCCAUGGGCGCUGCCAGUCCAAAACGGCCUGAGUCCGGGCAGCCUGAACAUGGGGCUGAGCCUCAACUUGCCAAAGGUAUUACCCUCGUUUCAGAGCUACACUACCAGCAACACCACCAACAACACCUCCAACACUGUGACCAACAACUACAAUCUCAGCUCGAGUAUUCCGACUCAGCAGCUAAUAGCUGCUCUGCAGCAGGUAGCAUCAGGCAGUCCGGGGCAGGUUCCGGCUGUGGAGCCCCCCAAACCCAAACCCGAGCCGGAGCCCAUUGCCUUUGCCAGCGUUAAUCCGUACGCCCAGAUGUACCCGCAGCUCUUCCAGCAGCAACAGUUGCUGCUCCAACAGCAGCAAACUGCAUCGAAGGUCUCACCUUCCAUAGGAAUGUCGCCGGUCAGCGGAGGAGGCAGUAACGCUACCCUGCCCGUGGCAGACACAUGCUACAUCCGGAUCAACGGCCUUUGCCCCAGCACCUCGUACAGCGACAUCCGCAAGUACUUUCAGGGGCUGUAUAUUCCUCACAAUGGAAUCAAGAUCAUGCAGGUCAACGGCAACCGCACCGGAGUGGCCUAUGUCGAGUUCUCCAGGGUGUCGAGUGCCCAAAAGGCAAUCCAAAGGAACAACACUGUGUUCCGGGACUGCCUGAUUCAGAUUUCGCCUGUUGGGGACGAGGAGUUCGAGCAGGCGGAGGAACGCACGCAGAACGGCGAAGGCGGAAGAAGGAACCAGAACGCCAGUGGGGGAGGAGGUGGCGAGAGGGCCCGAGGAUAUGGCUCAAGUGGUGGCAAUAUGCCCAUCGCUCCCACAAAUGUCCUGUAUAUUGAGGAUCUGCCACAGCUCACAACCGAACAUGAGAUCAUGAAGAUGUUCUCCUCCAACUACACCAUCGUGGACAUUCUCCUGUCCCCCAGUCCGAACAAUCGGCGCGAAUGCGUGGCCUUCGUCCUGUUUGCAAGGGAGGCGGAAGCCCAAACGGCCCUGGAGGACAUCUCCACGCACUACAUCGGAGCCAGGCAGCUGAGGGUGAGGCCGAGCAGCCAAGCGGAGAUGAUGAACGCCAAGGAGAAGCUGCGCCGAGCCAACGAACAGUUGCUCAAAGAGGAAGCUGAUCAGCGGGAAGAGCUGCUGAGGGAUCAGCAGAGAAGGCAACAGCAGAUGCAGCUGCAGCAACAGCAAGAGCAGGAACAGGAGCGUGAAAACAACCAGGAAGUAAGGUUCAACCCCAACGAUCCCAGGAGGCGCCAUGUGAACGAUCCCAGAACCCAGGAGGAGCAGAACCAUCAACAGAACAUGAAUUCCAACAUGAUGCAAACUUUCUCCAAUGGAGGUAAUAACGCUGUUGACAUGAUGCCCUUCAACAUGCCACCACAGCACCAAAACGGGGGCAACAACUAUCCCUUCAAUAUCAACAUGAACAACAACAACAACAGUGGACCCAUGGACAAUGGGUCCAAUGGCGGAGACGGCAAUAACGGGCCCCAGAGGCCGCGGCAGGAGGAUGUCUUCGUGCGGGUCCACAACUGCGAGUACAGCACCCGAGUCAAUGAUCUUGGGAAGCUGUUCAUCUCGGAGCAGCUGCGCGUUGAACACGUGGAGCCGUUAUUCAAUGAUCGCAAUCAGAGUACCGGGGAGUUCAUCGUGGAGUUCCAGGAUCCCAACAGUGCCAAGCUAGCCGUUAGGGAAUUCCAUAACCGCCGCUUUCGAGGAAGAGGUCUGCGGGUGGUUGCCAUCACGCCGCAGGAAAUAGCCGACAAGAUGAACAAGCCCUUUAUGGAUUACCUUCCCGGAGGCAAUGGUCUUCGCCAAGUGGAGGGCAACAGUGGAAGCUCCGCAAACGGAAACAAUGCCAUCGCCAGCAGUGUCGGAUCUGGGGGAGCUAGUCAGGGGUCCCAAGGUUCGCGGCGCCGCGGCCCCAGCCGCUUCGACGACAUCAGCAAUCGCAGUACUAAUAAUAAUUCGAUGCAACCGGAGAAGCAAUCAUCUCCCGAAAGCCGAGAGAUCAGCAAUGGAGGGUCCUCCAACACCCCCAAGCAACACUUCAAUCCGUUUGCACGACCCGAUCCCUCCCAAAGCAGUAAUAGCUCGGUGUCACCCAACCAGAAAUCGAGUCUGUCCCUUGGAAACCCGGAGCCCACGCCCUCUUCGAUCAUCUCCGACAAGUUCAACCGCCCCGGCUGCGUAGUGGCCAUGCGCAACGUUCCCUUCAAAGCUGAACUGAAGGACAUUCUGCGCUUCUUUGGGGACUACAAGUUGAGCCCGGACGACAUCAUUAGGCGGUUCAACGACGAUGGCAAACCCACCGGCGACACGCGAGUGGCUUUUGAAUCUCCGGCAGAUGCCCGCUCUGCCUACGAGUCCAGAAGAAGAAAGCAAAUCUUCAACCGCAACGUCUACCUGGACCUUGUAUAGGCUGCCCACUAGAAGGGUUUUGUAAAUAUAAUUAGUAACUAAGACAAAAGCACACCAAAACCGACUAACUACAGAUUGUAUGUAUAUAGUUUUAUUUGAAAAUAUCGAAAUAUAAAGUUAUAAAUAUAAAUGAUAUUAUAAAACCCAUGUAGG